AUGCUCGAUUCAUUCCAUUACCUUGACGACUUCCGUGGCGAUGCCGUGUGUGCGUGGAUGCGCGCGAACCUGGAGAUUCCCUCCGUCGUCACGGUGCUCUACAUUGUGAUGGUGCUGUACGUGCCGCGCACCUUCAUGAAGAAUCGCCCCGCGUACAACCUUCGCGCUCUGAACCUCAUUUGGAAUUUGGGUCUGUCGCUCUUCUCCUGCUCCGGCGCCUAUUACUGCCUUCCAGAGGUCUUCAAGUCGCUGUUCGUCUUGGAGUUCACAGUGAGAAACUUCUCAAACGGUGGAAUGACCAUCCUGCACGGCAACUUCUACGAGGGCGUGUGCGGGCGGAACGCGGACAUCUUCUGCGAUGGCCCCGUCGGCGCCUUUGUAUGCCUCUUCAUCCUCAGCAAGAUCCCGGAGAUGCUCGACACCGCCUUCCUUGUCUUUCAGAAGAAGCCCGUCAUCUUCCUUCACUGGUAUCACCACGUCACCACAAUGCUGUACUGCUGGCACUCGUAUGCCAUGAAGAUCUCCGGUGGGCUCGUGUUCGCUGGGAUGAACUACGGCGUGCACUCCAUCAUGUACUUCUACUUUUUCAUCUGCUCCUGCGGGUACCGCAAGUACGUGCGCCCCUUCGCAUCCUUGAUCACCUUCCUCCAGAUUGCGCAGAUGGUGGUGGGGAUGUUCAUCGAGGCCUACACAUUGUACCACAUGUAUGUAUCUGGAAAGGGAUGUCAGUCGAACGCGACGAACGCACGCGUCGGGCUGAUGAUGUACACGUCCUACUUCAUCCUCUUCAGCAAGCUCUUCUACGACAGCUACCUAAGCAGUGGCAAGAAAAAUGGCAACACGGAGGCCUCGGCGCGUACUGGCCACAAGCGCAAGCGCCUCUUGUGUAUUGGGCAAGCUGUGGCCACCGUCGAGGGGGCCUCUGACGACACCUUGACCUCUGAUGCCGCGCCCAUAAUGCUGGCCAAGCAAGUGCCGAAUGUAUACCAGGUGAAGAGGCGUCACUAA